GGCGGGCCGAGAUAUCGGCGACGGGAUCUCACUGGUUUACCGCUGUGUCGUUUUAUGGAGACCUCGGCACUCAUCCGGCGUGCGGAGCUUCCUAUUGGUCCAGCGUUCUGUCAGUUUCCGGUGGACGUAUGGGUGAUUUUGCUGGCGCACCGACGAGUUAUUGCUGGCGAGGAGCAGUUGGAAAUUCCAAAGAUCCAAAUGGAUAAAAAUACACGAAAAGUUCGGAACCAAGACAUUAACCCAUGCAUUGAAGAGAGUGACGGGUCUCAGAAGUGCUUGGCUGCAAACAACUACGAUAAGAGUGUGUGUUCAGCGUAUUUCCAGAGAUAUAAGACCUGUAGGAAAUACUGGCACAACAUAAUGAUCCAGAGGAGAAGGGACGGCAUCAAGCCGGACAUGCCCACUGCUGAGGAGAGACAACAGAUCCUCGCUGCGAUCGGAGGAAAGCCAUACUGAGGAUUUCUGCACAAGAUCAAAUUCAAAUAGAGGGACUACUGCUUUCCUGGACUGGCGAGUCUAGGACAGACCAGCAGGCUUGCGAGUUUCAGUGCCUCUGAUUCAUUGCACGACCGACCUACAGGGUUGUAGGUGCAAUGCCAUCGCCUGUGUGUAUUUCUGAAGUCCAGACCAGGUGGCUGCACUGCACCUGCACUUGCUUGGGGUCGGUCAGUAAUCUGUAAUUUAAGGAAAACAAUGACAAUGAGGAGACCCAUGUCAUCCAGGCACCAAGUAGAGCUGAAUUCACAUCAGUCAUCCAGUAAUAUACAUGUCGAAACAAGACAAGAGCAUCCAUGGGACCAUCACUGUAGAUUUAAAAAUGUUUUCGCCCUUCAGAUGCAGCGGUGGAUGCAAACCAAUCGGAUGAGCGUUGAAAAGUUUUCAAAUCUAUGGCGGACAGUCAAGUGUAUGUUUUCACAUGGUUUUCAACAAGUAGAGUUGAAUUUUCUGCUUUUCGUUCACAAAAAUCCCCAGCGAUAUCACAACAUUUUGAAGCUAUGAAAGAUAUUUUUAUGUUGCCUAAUGGAUGAAACAAAUAUAUAUCUAAAUAUCUUGAUAAAUAGUGGAUUGAGAUUCUGCCACGUGUGCCCUUUUAAGUAUAUUGGAGGUCCUUGAUAACAGUGUGUGCUUGAUGGAGGGUGUUUCUGUGCUCAACAGAGAUGAUUUGAUUAAAGAGAAA